GAAGUGAAAACGGAGAUUGUGCGCAACGGUGUCUGCGCAACGCCAAAAAUACCGCCAACGCGUAUACCAACCAGCGUACAACAGCAAUUGUCGCCGCCAUCGCCCAAGCAAAACCAAAGCGCGCCAAUACAAUUUGGUGAAACGCAACAACAGCAGCAGCAGCAAUUGCAACAACAACAACCGAUACGAAAAUCGAAAAUUCCUCCACCAGUUCCCGUGCGACGUUCUUAUGCGAGCUAAAAAACAGAAAUGCAAGGCUACAUAAUGAUAAUAAAAUUAAGUAUUGAUGAUGUUAUAAAACGAUAUAUACCGUUACGGUUUAAACGAAUCCCAAAAGUUAAUUAAUUUAAGCAAAAUUAUUAAAAAAGACUUAUAUGUGAUAUUUGAGCGAAGAAAAAGAACGCAAAAUAGAUGUAAAAAGGUAAACAAACAGUACCGCAGAAAACGCAAACAUAUUGCUGAAUCGAAGUGUGGAAGAAA